AUGGGUGCCUACAAGUAUUUGGAAGAAUUGCAAAGAAAGAAGCAAUCUGAUGUCCUAAGAUUUUUGCAAAGAGUCAGAGUCUGGGAAUACAGACAAAAGAAUGUCAUUCACAGAGCUUCCAGACCAUCUAGACCAGACAAGGCUAGAAGAUUGGGCUACAAGGCCAAGCAAGGUUUCGUUAUCUAUCGUGUCAGAGUUAGACGUGGUAACAGAAAGAGACCUGUUCCAAAGGGUGCUACCUACGGUAAGCCAACCAACCAAGGUGUCAACGAAUUGAAAUACCAAAGAGCUUUGAGAGCUACUGCCGAGGAAAGAGUUGGUCGUCGUGCUGCUAACUUGAGAGUAUUGAACUCCUACUGGGUUAACCAAGACUCCACCUACAAAUACUUCGAAGUUAUUCUUGUUGAUCCAUCUCACAAAGCUAUCAGAAGAGAUGCUCGUUACAACUGGAUCUGUAACCCUGUUCACAAGCACCGUGAAGCUAGAGGUUUGACCGCUACUGGUAAGAAAUCCAGAGGUAUUAACAAAGGUCACAGAUACCACAACACCAGUUCUGGUAGAAGAAAGAUCUGGAAGAAGCACAACACUUUGUCUUUGUGGAGAUACAGAAAAUAA